AUGGGUUACUCGUUCGAUACAGACCACGAACGAACCGAAAUGGCGGCAUUGAACGCGCAGGACGCAGUAAAGGGUAUCGAUCAGGUGGAGAGCACGGCGCAUGAAGACUCGCGCGCAGAGCCUCAAUCUGCCUUUGACGACGACUCCGACGAUGAUGUUGAGGACAUCGACGAUGAUGAUGCUCAGAACAAGGGUACCGCCAAUGAGGACAACUCGUGGCUUGGUAGUGUAGACGAAGACGUCUCUGCGCUGGAUGAUGAUACCUCGGACCAAUAUGAAACAACUCCAACCGACCGGCCCACCGCUCUCGAUCUCGAUCAAUCACCAAAGCGCAGUCGCGACUCGGAUGAGACAGAAGACGACUUGGAAGAUCAGUACUCAUCGGAAUACAGCCCGCGCACUGCCAAACGUCUCCGUACUGAAUAUGAGCGGGGCUACGAAUACGACGACAGACCACUGACUGCAUUCCUUCUCAAUGGUGAUGAGGUYAUCGACAGCCUUGUGCGAAGACGCAAAAGCCCAAGAGGACGUUAUGAUGUCAAGGGUAAGCGCAUGGGAAAGCUUCUACCACCAUUUCCGGACCUCCCUGCGCGCGUCAGCCCGUUGGGACUGGAUUUUCACGUUGGCGCGGCGUGGAAGGGUCAUGUUUUUUUACCCCUCACUGAUGAUGGGGAGGUAAUCGUGGAGGAGGGGGAGGAGGAGGAGGUUGAUGCUCCGGAUGAUGCAAAGUUGUCGAUCUUUCGCGAUGAUGACAACGAUCGUGGCGACGAUGCUCAUCCGCCUCGCCCCUCAACUCCGAGCCCGGACUCCGACGACGAGGAGGAGGGGCAGUACGCCAGCUCGUAUCAGCCAAACUCGCAACCUGGGGACGACAAUUACUCUGACCGACUUGUUGAGAGUACCGCCUCAACCGCUUCUUCGAGUUUUGGGCAAGCUGCGGUCAGGUCUCGGAUGUCGAACUGGGCAGACGAAGCUGAUGAUGAAUUCAUUUUCGAUCCUUAUGUGCCGGGAUCCUCUUCAGCGACCGACGAUACUUCAACGACCGACGAUGACACUGCUCAGGCUCUGGACGACGAGCCGACUACCGAAAUCGCUUUAACCGAUUCCACAAACGUUCAGCAUCAAGAUGAGCUCCAGAUUGAGGGAGGCGAGCCUGCCGACGCUGCAGUUGUUGCGUCCACGUCAUCUUCCAGCAGCCCAGGCCAUACUGAGCCCUCUCCUUCUAUACCCAGGCGACCUGCUGCUGCCGAAAGGCACCCGUCUUCCAUGGCAACAGGACGCGAGGUGGGACAGCUUAGCGCGCCAACGCCUCGCGACGAUGAGCUCGCGCAACUCAAGCUAGAGAAUGCGAGACUGUUGUUUUCACUCCGUGGAUGUGAGGAUCGCGAAGAGAAGAAAGACGAGCAGUGGCGUCAAGUCUGGUCGGAAAAGACCCGCCUGGAGAACGAUCACCGCGAUCUGCUGGUCAAUUACGAUGGGCUUCUAAAUGCUUUCCGCAGAUUACAAAAUGAUCACCAAGAACUCCAAGGUGAAUUGCUGGACGCCAGACAACGCGCGGAAUAUGAUGCAGAGCAGCUGGCAGCAGAGCGGGCAGCUGAAGAUGCUCAGCGACUUGCAUACAUCACCAACUUGCAGCAGGAAGCCCAACGCAUGAGGAUAUGGGCAGAGCGCUUGGAUGCAGAUGCCGAGCCUACACGAGAGGUCAACGACGACUUGACGGCGAAGUUGGAAGAUGCGGAAAAGUUCAACGCGGCACUGCAGCAGCAACUCGAGAAUGCCAAUACCACCAUCGCCACGCUGCGAGAUGAGAAACAGAAGAGCGAUGAGCGAAAUGUCGAGUUGGCUGCGCAGGUGGAAGACUUAUCCACUGCACCUAUCGCCACAACACACUCUCCCACCAACCCGCAGUCUCACUUUGCGGGGCAACCAGCGAUGUCCACCUCAUCCCUCUUCUCCCCUCGUAUGGACCAGACACCACGACCCGCUUUCACUCUACCUCCUCUACAUGAAACGCGCGAAGCCCGAGAAGCCAGAUGGCGUAAUCUAGGCGCCCGCAGUGCUGCAGAAGACAGCACACAAAUCGCUCAGCGUCAAGCUCGGAGAGUCGCUGUGGRGCAAUAUAACGCGGAUCGCGAAUUGCGUUUACAAGCUUACAGGGCUGCUACGGGACGCGAGUAUGUGGAGGGCGAUGCUUCUUUGCGAAGAAGUGCUUUGGUGGGGAUUGUGAUUCAGCAGAGCAGUCCUCAGCUUGCAUAA